UCGAAGCGAAGGGAGGCCCCCCUAGGAGUCAGUCGUCGAGAUAGCUGUGCGCGCAUACACAAUUUUUCUACACAUAUUUUAUAUGUUAUUUUUCAUCGCCGUCGCGCAUUCCCCUUUGCCGCAGCCGUUGCUGCCACCCGGUAUUGGACCGUCCGAAGCAGAUGUGAGAAGAAUGCAAUUGGCGUGCGGGACGACCAGUACGGAAGGUCUACCACAGUGGUGAUAUUAUCGAGGCUUUGAAGCAUAGAACCCACGAUCGCGCAUCGGCUGACGAUCGAACAGCUAUAGUUGGGUUGGGAAGACAAAAGCGAUAUUCGGGGUGUGCGUGCGUGUGUUUAGUGUACCAUAGAGCAUAGAUCAUAAAGUGAGUGUAAGUUGUGUGGCACCGAGAAGGAGCGAGAAAGAACCAGAGAGCAUAAAACAGAAGAAGGGAAGAAAGAGUGCUGCUGCCUGGAUCAAGUUUAUAGAAUGCGACUAUAGAGCGAUCGCAUCGACGUUUCGUAAAUGCAGAGACAAUAUUUUCUUCCAAAGUGGCCUCAUACAGUGGGAUCAUUUUAUUCCUCCCCUUGAGUCGGCUGGAGAGUUAAUUAGUGAAAUCUUGAAGUCAAUUGCGUUGCGCGAAUUGGCUGAUUCAUCCGUCCGAUUCCAAGAGAAGUGAGAGCGAGGGAGUCAUCGUGGUUGGCAAUUCCAGCGCAGAUGAUCGCGUCGAUGAUCUGAUCGUGAAUAUAUGUCAGCUUGGGUGUAUAAUUGGUACGGCAAGCAAUGCAGGUGGUGUCAGUGAUUGUUGCUGCAGCGAAUUAUCGUCCAUCGACUUUCAAUCGCAUACUUGAACUUGCCGUCGAUGACGACGAUGCUUGUACAAGCAGCUUGAGCUAGCAAAGAUUAACACACAACACACAAACGAGAAGCACUUGAAAAAGUAAAGAUCGAAUCUUGGGUGUACCAGCUGAACGUGAACGAGCCAAGCUGUCAAAGGAUUUCGAGUCGAGAUUGCUGCCGAAUGACGUCACGCUCCAUGACUUCUUGUUUCGCUAGCUGCUACUAAAGAAACGAAGCAGAAUAAAAUAAAAUAAACCCAGCACCACCGUGCCCCUGCCUGCUGUAUUUAUCCAACGACAUAUGAGCGGCGAGCAUUUGGCGUUCGAUGUGUGUCCAACAGCUUAUCCGGAAUCGAAAAUUAUGAGGAAAACUCACAUGCUGAUAAGCAACGUCCAUGAGUUCAAAAAAUGUUGGCAAUAUGUUACCGCAGUGUGAUUCCAAUACCGAAAAUAACAAUGUGAUAGACGCGGAUGUUGCAAAUACUAACACCAUCACUACCACCACUACCGCUGCUACUACCACAAACGCUAUUAGUUCGACGGCCACCGCGACCAGUACCACCACUAAUCGCGAUCAUACGGCAGCGAUGUGCAAAAUACCAUCGACGAUUGCUUCUGAUGGCUGGCUGGGAUCACCAACGACCACGACCACGACGACGAUGAUAGCAUCUGCUGGCAGUGCCGAUACGACAACUAGUAAUAGCAACAACAACAACAAUAACAUCACCAACGAGUUGGACGUGAUCAAUAGCAAGGACCCGUACGCCGAACUCGAGAGAUAUCUGGAAAAGGUCAAGGCUGAAAUCUCCGAGGUAUUUGCGCAACUGGAAGCUUCCAAACGAGACGGGACCGAAUCUCCAGCCCUAGCAACCGGCAACGAUGCUGCUGCUGCUGCUGCUGCUGGUGGUGGUGGUGGCGGCAGUGGCAGAACCAACCGGAGGACGGCCAUCAAUAAUAGCAGCAGUAGCAUCCGUGACAGCAAUUUCAACACCAAAGUCAGUGUUUGCCAAAAUGUGGCCUGCGUCGGUGACACCGUGGAUAGUGCCAGUCUGGAGGCGACCGAGCGGCUGCUGCGGGAAAUUACCGCCACGCUUCCCCGACAACAGCAGCAACAGUCUGUCUCAUCGCAGCAAAAUCAUCCCGGCUCGCGAGAGUGGAACAACAAUGGUGCUUUUGAAUCAUCGGCUCGAUACUGUAGUGAUCCCACGUUCGUCAUCAACGCUGGCAGCGAUCCUCAUCAGCUUCAUCAUCAUCAUCAUGAGUUGGUGUUGAAGAUCGACGAAGAUCACGACCACGAUAAGCCGGAGAAACGUUCUCAGCGAUUCAAUAACUCUUCCAACAGUCGACUGUUCACCGUUGGUGCUACCGACAAUAGUCAAUCGUCGGAUUACGAAAACAACACCUGCAGCAGCAGUCGGGAGCUGCAGGAUAGCUUGUCUGACGAUAUGAGCCUGCUGGAGGAACUCAGCGUGUACGAUAGUCACGAACACGAGGAGGACUGCUCCGAUAGUAAAGAAGCGGAAACGUCUCCCAAGCAGUUCCACCAUCCGCAACAUAGCGGCAGCGUGAUUGGAAGAUCACAGCAGCACCGUUUACUCCAGCAGCAGCACGCGGACAAGCUGAAAACCAGUACAAAUAGUCUACCUUCCACUAGCCGCAAUUUUAGUCUACACCAUAAAUUUAGAAAUCAUCAGAACGUAAUCGAUGCCAAAAGACGACAAUUUUUCCUGCCCCUGGAGCAGGAACCAUUCCAGCCAGUCAAAUCGAACAUCACCGAGUUGCCGUCGCCGAGCAGCACCUCACUGCACAGUGGCUACAGCCACCUGAUAUUGGAGGACCUGGGAACCAAGUCCAGCUCAGCACCGUUGCUGAUGAAAAAUGAAGAACCGGAGAUUGGAGAGCGGAGGAACUUGAGAUACUCACGAUCGCAGAGCGAUCGGCAUUUGGCAGAAAUUGAAGCUAUCGAAGCGUGUCGAUGGCUGCGAGCUGCCGGUUUUCCACAGUACGCUCAAAUGUACGAAGAUCACCAGUUUCCGAUCGAAAUCAAUGACGUCGCUAAGGACCAUCCGUUUUUGGAGAACGAUCCACUGCAGUCGCUUUACCGACGGCUUCAUACGUUGAACCGCUGCGCGAACAUGCACAUUGAUACGCACCAACAUUCGCAUCCACCGAAGGCGAACGAUCCGGACUCGGAUGACGAUAGCUGUGCACUGUCGGAAGCAUGGACCUUUGCCCACAACAGUCGACGGUGGUCUCGGGUAGAGGACGCUGCCGGAUUGGUUAGCGUCAUCAAACAGAAGCACUCCAAGCAAAGCGACGUCAGUACAGUUAAUGAGACUGAUUCGGCAGAAGACUCGUCCAAGAGUGGAUCCAAGACUACGACUACGGACGAUAAGGAAAACUGGGGUGACGAUGGGGUGACACUUAGCAUUAUGUCGGACAGCGACCAGCAGGAUGGUCCUGUUAGACUACGGAGGACAGGCAGCGAAAGACUCAAAGAUGGAGCCAAAGCCUUACUCAGACGGGUUGAGUCGAUAAAAUCCCGCAGAAGGAAGCGUCAGAACCGCGAUGGGCUCAUCAUCUGUGGACCACAUUCCUCCAGUCUGUCACCGGUUCAUCACAAUAUGGACGACUUGAAACAUAUUGAUAUGAUGUCAUUUUCCAACCCCUCAUCUCCUCGGCCCUCGGCGGCGUUUGGCGACCAUCGCAGGGAUAACACUCUUGGCACAAAUGAAAUAGUAUCCAACCUUCUGUCACCCUACACUCUUAGUCCUUUUGGGCACAUGGUAGAAGAUAACAAUAAGAAGGAACAUAAACGUAGCACCAAUAGAUCUAGUCCGUUACACUUUUUCAUACAGCUGCAGGAGGCAAAGUCAGGCGAUGACUCGUCAUCGAUUUGCAGUGAAGACAGCCAGGAUUUGAACACCGGUUACUUUGCCGGACGGGUUGUGAAGACACCAAGCAAAAAGUAUCCGAAGUCUAAGAAAUUGUUACGCAAUAAAGUGACCGCUGAUGACUCCGGAGCGCUUUCGGAUUCGGAGUAUCAGUCUAAGUUAAGGCGAGCUAAAGUAUCUAGUGAUUUAAAGGAGACCAGCAGUAAUACUCUUCAGGUUUCCAAACUGAACCGCGGAGGAUCGUUGAACUUGGGAAAAAACUCCAAACGCUAUCGAGAUGCAUUCCAUAAUCGUUCGAUGAGGGUGGCAAAGACCACCGAGGGCAAGGGAGGCGACGAUAGGAAACGUACUAUAGUGGCUAGAUGGCAUAGUUUUCAGCAACCGAAGAACUCGGAAGGUCGUCGGAUGAGUACCGUAGAUUUUAAGGAUGACAGCGCCAAGGAGAAAAGUAAAUACUCCGGUGGUACCAGCAUUGUCGAAAUGUCCUGUGGUCAGUUGCUCGUGGUGCGGAAGUUGGCACUGGUCACUCUGACGGGUUACAUGGAACGUUACUGUCCGACGCACCGUUCCGGCUGGAACUGGGAUUUGCCAAAGUUCAUCAAACGAAUCAAAACACCAGACUAUAAAGAUAGAAGAGUUUUUGGAAUACCACUAGUCCUGAACCUGCAAAGAUAUGGCAAUACUCUGCCGGAGAUAAUCCAGAUGGCGCUGACCUGGUUGGAGUUGAACGCGCUGGAUCAGGUGGGAUUGUUUCGAAAACCGGGGGUGAAGUCACGGAUAGCGAAGCUCAAGUCCACCAUUGAAUCGGGCAACAAUAUCUCCAACCGAAUGGAGAUAUUCGACGACCAUCACGCUUACGAUGUAGCCGAUAUGUUAAAGCAAUACUUUAGGGAAUUACCGGAUCCACUGCUGACGGCAAAACUGUCCGAGACCUUUGUGGCGAUAUUUCAGUACCUUCCGAACGAGGUCCGAGCGGAGGCAGUUCAGUCAGCCAUUCUGCUGCUGCCGGACGAACACCGAGAAGCUUUGUUCACGUUGCUCAAUUUCCUGGAAAAGGUCACGACCAAUGCGAGCCAAAAUCAAAUGACGGCAAACAACCUUGCCGUGUGUUUGGCUCCAUCACUGUUUUACUCAAUUUCCGGGAAUAGAUCCUCGACAGCGUCCCCGCGGCGGAAGAAGGGUGCCACUGGGCAGCCGGACGAAAAGGAACUAUCGGAAACCCGGGCUUCCCACGACUGCCUGGCAUAUUUAAUCCAGCACUACCGGACGCUGUGGACCAUCUCGAGCGACCGGAUGCGCAAAUGCAGCUUCAACUAUAUGGAGGAAUCCAAACCGGUGCCACUGGAAUCACUCGGCGCCGAGCUGCAUGUGCAAAACUGGCGUGGCUAUUUGACCGAAUGCAUCAAGGAAUGCGUCCGGGAGGGGAAGGAGAGGCCACGCGGAUGGGUGUCGCUCAACUCCUCGGAUCCUUGCGUAACCGUGUACUUCAAAAAGGUCGGCGACGGGCAUCCGUUGCGAUUGUGGAAGGCUGUGACUGAGGUGGAGGCACCUCCGACCGAAGUGAUUAACCACAUCCUAAACGAACGGCACCUGUGGGACGACCAUCUGCUCAAAUCGAGGGUCGUCGAGCGGCUGGAUAGCGAUACGGACGUGUUUCAAUACGUGUGUGGACAACCGAUUACCGAUUACUGUGUUUUAAGACAAUGGAAUAAACAGCAAGCCCGUGGCGCUUGCGUCAUCGUCGAGGUUUCUAUUUCUCAUAAUGGUGCUCAACUAUUGCUGGGUGGGAUACGAGGCGUCGUUUUGGCAUCCCGAUACCUCAUCGAACCCUGCGGUAGUGGCAAAUGCAAAUUGAUGCAUCUCUCCCGUGUGGACAUGAAGGGUCGCACGCCGGAUUGGUACAACAAAAACUACGGUCACAUCUGUCAGCAAUAUCUAUCGAGAAUCAAAAAGUUUUUCGAGCAUUACACCGAGGGACCUGAGAGCAAAGUAUAAACUCGUAGCUUCAC